UCAUCAUAUUUUGUGGGCUAUUUUGAAGCGCUUACUUUUAAACGGCUCUAACGUUCUAGAGAUAAAAUGCUAUUGGGGCGUAGCUGCAGUUGAUCAUAAAUUCAAAACAAAGAAGAUUUCUUUUGUUCAUCAGAUUGGGAGAGUGCAAGAGAAUGCCGAGCAGAUUUAAUCGCCGUCGAAGCAACUUACAGGAUAUGAAUCGACUCAGCACAUCAUGUCCAGUAGUGGACAGUCCUAGGCUGGUUUCUGCUGAAGACAGUGACUCUGACAGCACAGAAUCAAGUGAUUUUGAAGAUCGCGCAGCUACUGGAAUACAGCAGCACUGGGCACAACAGUCAGUCAGACGUGACAGAGAAAAAAAUCUUGCUCACCAGCGAAAUAUGGAACAGAAUAAAAUAUCUAUGGAUGACUACUUUGGCAAACAGGCAGAAUUUCGCAUAUGGCUUAUGGAAGAGCAAAAGAAACAGUAUGCUGACUUGUCUUCCCCCAAGAGGCGUACAUACUUCAAGAUGUUUAUGCGCAUGUGGAACAAGCGUAGCCUUCCUGUUAAAUACUUUGAAUGUCGGAUUUCUAAGCACGUGGAAGAUUCAGCAUCUUCUCCUGAAUUCUGUGAACCCCAUGAGCGUAUCCUUCAGCUCCGUCCUCAGGAUCUAAACCUCUUUCCUAGGUCACCUAUACUUGAUCCUUCCAUAUUUCCACACUGUGUUGACUUGAGUGAUGACAGCUUUUCUGCCAGCACAUCAUCACCUUUUUCUACGUUUGGCAAGUCUGCUGCAACAUCACUGAAUUUCAAGCCAUCUUUCACAAGUCCACUUACAAGGGAGAGUAAAAAAAACAGUGACACUAAUGUGAAAGAGGGAACUUAUGAAACCAAAAACAGUAGCAGUGGCAGCAACAAAGAAAACGCUGUCACUCGAUUUUCUCAUCAUGUGACUGCAGCUUCUAGAGCUCCGCUACGAACAGCAGUUAUCAGUCCUUCACAUAAGCUUCUGAUUAAUAGUCCCUACAGGGGCAGUAAGCAACAAGAAGUGAUGACAAGGAAGAAGCCUCAGUUGACCCCUGUCAACAGUCCCAAGUGUCCUGCAGACCAACAUUUGACUGGAAAGUAUGCUGGUACAUGCUCACGCAGCUCAUCAAAUCUCAACGCCAACACACAGCAUCGCCUAAUGAGGUUCCAGGAGACUAGAAAUUUUCAUCAUCUUUAUGGAGCUUGUGAGCAGACUGGCACCAUUGGUGAAGGCAAGCCUCAGAUAGCUCCCACUAACCAAGAGCCUAAGUCAGCCCAAAGACAUACCCUCCAGUCAAAUAGUACACAAGGUCACAAUCAUGGAUCAUGCCUUGAUCACUCUGUUCAGUCUUGUUCUCAUGAAGCGAAACCUAUUCAGCAGGAUCAGUCUAAAUCAGGGUCUGAUCUGAUGAUGGUCCCUGAAGUUCAUAAAGCCAGUCAUUAUGAAGCCUUACUAGGGUCUUCACCACAUCAGGCCCUGAUGAACAUUGGCCAAGGUCACUAUCAAGAGGUUAAGGACAGUGUAAGCCCAGCUUAUUCCAGCCCUGCAUAUGCUGAACCAUUUUUGAUUGUGCCUGAUUCUAGUGAUUUAACAGCAGAGGACUUGGAAGAAAAGCGGCUCAAAGUAAAGGAAUUAAAGGUUACAGACAAGCAGAAAUCACAUUCUGGUAAAACAAACAGGCGCCGGUCACGCAGUCUUGAUGAAACAUCUGUUUAUGCUUUACCCUUGAAAAAUGGACUAAAGGAAGGGUUGCACCCUCAUUGGACAGUUUCAGAGGAGAACCUUCAGACAUCUCCCCCACCUCUUCCACCUCGUCUCUACAAUACAAAAGAAGUCAGCUGGAGCAGUGAUGCAUCAAACACCAUCCCUGGCUUGAAACCUUCAGAUCACAUAAACCUUACAGACACUCCUUUAACCACCAAAAGUUCAUCAAAAAAACGGUUCCUUCAGUUCCUGUGGUCCACAAAGUCAGAGCAUGUAAACAAACCUCACAGCUUAAAAGUGGAGUCAGAGAAGAAACAUUGCAUCUUUACAGAAGAUCAGGAGAAGCGAGACUGUGAAUCAUUCCCUCUAGUAAAAAUGGACAAAUCUCCAGUGCUGGGACGUCGUAACAUGGUAGCAUGUCAUGAAGCAAAAGCAACUGGCAGAACUAUAAAAGUGCUUACAAGCAACACCUGUGAGGGCAACAGUCAUAGUAGGGCCACUAUAAAAUCUGAUGGUUGUUUUGAGGACAAUGUUUCUCAGGCUUGCUCAUUGAGUAAAGCACAGAACUGCAUCAGUCCUUCAAAUCGGUCAAAAUUAGAUGAAAGAAUCACACAGAGAAGAGAUUCACCAGAUAAAAUGAGUGUUCCUCAAGUUUCUGGAGUGAAAACUCUUUCUAAGUCAUCCUCUCGACGUAGGUCUAAAAGUAUGGAGGAUAUUUCCUGUUCCUUGAAAGAAGCUGCAAAAGUUAAUUUUGCAUGGAGUGUGGUUCCCCAACACCUAAAGCAGAGAGAAAAUCCCAAACUUUUUGAUUCACCCCAGAAGCAGAUGAGUAGCGAUGAGAACAAAGACACUGCCAGCAUUUGUGCUAGAGACAAAUUACAAAGAACAAACAUUUUGCAAGAUAAAGACCAGAUGCCACAAAGAAAAAUUCAUGUAUCACUUCAUGAAGAACAGGAUGUAUCAGAAAGAUUGAGAACUGUGCCACAUGUUAUAUCUAUGUUGCAAACAGCUGAUGGCCGACUAAGUCAUACCCAAGGUAAGGACGACAUAAUGGGGAAGUUGGAAGAGACAAAAUCUAGCAGUAAUGAGUUAGGCACCCUGAAGGAAUUUGCCCAGCUGGACUCUUCGCCUAAAAGACUUGGCCAGGUGAAGAAAAGUUCCUCACAGGCAGAGAUGGAAUUUGAUGAGCCAUCUGAGCAGAUGAAAUACUUGCCACGAGAUGCCUCUGUGAUGCAUCAUAAUGCAAGACUUGUUCAAUCAGUGCAUAGUAGCAGCAGGCAUGCUAGCCCAGUUCUGCACACCAACAAACCGGCUGUUGGGACCUCAAUGCACUGCAUCAGUACACCCCAUACCAGUAGCAUGCCUCCUGACCCCAGUCUGUAUGUAACAGGCAUACCUGCUGAGCCCUCAUUAAACAGCAUUAGUAGACUCCACACCAGCAGUAUUCCUGCUGAUCCCAGUCUGCAUGCCAUCAUCAUACCCACUGAAUCUUUAUUGCAGAGCUUUGAUAGACAACACAGCAAUAUGCCCUCUGACCCCAUUCAGUUCACCACUACAACACUUGCAAGUCCCACAAAGGGCACAGCAGUCAAAGCAGGAUUAGCUGCAAAAGCCAGGUCUGUGGAUAUUUCCCUGCACACUAAUAUCAGGUACACAGAGCCAGUGGAGAAGGCUACCACUACAAUGUCUAGUGACCUGUUACUAACAAACACGACAUCCAGUGAUUCUAUAGGCCUCGGAGGAAGUACAGAUAAUGCUGCUUUAGGGAUCACCAGCAUGUGUGAUCAGCUAUCGCUUACCAGCCCUAUAUCAUCAGAAGUUAAUUCUCCUAGUUCACUUUUACUGAAAAACAGUGGACCUGACCUGCUGCUUGCUAGGCUUCCUGAUCCUGUGUUCACUCACCCAAGAACUCCUGAACCGGCCUUGUCCACAGGAACCAAGCUGGGUGACCCACAACGUCUUACAAGUGCCAUCGGCCAACCGCUGCAUUCAUCACCAGUGAAAGGGACUUUUUCCACGUGGAAUUCAUCUGUUAUCUCAAAAACUGUGAGCGCUGUCAAAACAGAAAUCACAGCUUCUGGUCAAGCAGCUACAGUCUCCAGUCUUGAGGGGAUCAGACAGGCCAAGGAAGAUAUACCAUUUUGCCAGGCCGCCAGUCAUGCCUUCUGUUCAACAGACACACAUUUCCUCAAGCCUUCGUCACAUCAGGUUGGCCAAGGCAAUCACCUUGAAGGACCACCUGUCAUACAGAAGCAGAUCAAUAUGCUGAAGGAAACGGGUCCAAAAUUCAAUUCUGUUUGGUAUCCAGGCUCUUUCAGUUCCAUCGAACAAAGCACCAGUGCCAUUAGCAACUCAGCUAUUGCUGUUAGCAACUCCACCAUCCAGUUAUCAACGCUAAGCAAAUGUCAUCAAACCAACAGGAGAAGGUCACGAAGUGUAGGAGACUUGGCUACGGUUCAGAUAGAAACCACUUCUGGAUGUCAGGGUACACAAGGCGAAGCCUGUCAGGAGUCAGUUCCAAGUUUUUCCAGCCUGAAAUCUUUCUGGAGCAAACAAAACCAAACUCAAGUAAAAUCCAACAAACCCAGGCUUCCUCACUCACCCUCACCUUUAUUAACAGCACCAUCUUUUUUGUCACAUGAAGUGCCUGCAGGUGUCUUAAGCAGGUCUACAGCUGAUGAUCAGAAAACGAUGUCUUCUUGCAUAAAUCACCACGACAGUCAGAUUGCUGCUGAAAGGCAAGCCAGAGCGCCGUUGUUCACCAGACAGAGUUCCUGCUCUGAAAUGGCUUCCUUUUCUGAAGCGGUUUUUACAUCAGCUGCCAGCUUGUCAUUAAAGGCUCCCGUAGACAAUGUGAACAAUUCAAAAGGUGGUGGUGGUAUUUCCAGGGAAACGCCACCGACUUCAAAUCAGCCUGGUAGCACAUCAACCUCGGCUGUUUCUUCGUGCCAGAACUCUUGCCUUAAAUGGAAUUUUUCACUUUCGCCUUCCAAGAAAGCGGUCGAUAUGUUCCAUGAUGGUAACUUUCUGCAUGAAGUUUACCCUGAUUCACACCAUGCAUUGCGCCCUACUGACUUGGUAACAAAUCCUGGACCAGAGUGCUCGUCUCCAAAACACAUAUCAGCUUCAUUGGAGCGCGCAACGGACAGAGCUGUGCACACUUUUCCAUUAGGAACUUCACCUAGUCAUAUGAAACACGAAAUGCCACCUAUCUUAUCUGCUCCUUCCGCUUCCCUUGCCUUAUGUUUCUCAACUUUAUGCCAGCAAACUGCCUGUGCAGAAGGUACACCUGCCUUGUCAGGACAACUGCCUGCUUCGGUCCAGGGAAAAACUGCUUUUUCAAUGAACGGCUACAAAAGUCCUUCCAAAAUCUCAUCCAAUCACCGUUUGCCUUCAUCAGUGCCAAAAUCUGAUUCACCAGGAAAGACUUCCAUUUCACGUCAUGAAGGAACUAUUUCCUUGCCGCAAGAACCUCCAACGCCAGAUGACGGAUUGGUGAAUCCAUCACCGCUAUCUUCCAAGCUUUCUGUGUCUCUGGGGAUGACACCUUCAUUUCAGCAAAACCCUGAUUCAUCAGAAAAGAAUAUGGGAUUCCUGGCACAGAUGGGACCUUCAUUGCAUGAAGUACCUGUAACUCCAGAGGGUGAUUGUAAUGGCCGGCUCAGAAUGUCUUCCAGCCUUACUUCAUCGCCAUCGUACCUGAAAACAAAUUCGCUGCCCAGCAGCAUUGAUAUUUCAGAACAGUCUCAAGGAAAGGCUGGAUCUUCGGAACAAGGCUGUAAUAACGCAGCAAAAAUACCGUCGGUUCCGUUCUCGCCUUUACUGACUCAUCCUUACUUUCAUAAAGACGAUUUUUCUGAAAUGACUCCCAGUCUAUUAGAAGUUUCCUUGCAAAAUACAUCUCCAUUUUCAGACUUUGUCUGUAGGAGUCCAUCCAAAGUGCCCUCUAGUCUUUCUCUGCCUUUCCUUCCCGAGACCUCAGAUGGCAUAUUUAGCUUUCGAAAGACACUGUCACCUUCAAUACAACAGAAUGCAGUUUCUGUUAGGGACGUGCCAGAAAGCGAAAAAGUAAGAUCCACUUUAGAAAAAGUUUUCGGUUGUGAAGAACAAAUGGUGUCAAGACCCAAUCAAGAGACACCAACUGUUAGCAAGAACGAACGAGUAAUGUCAGGGCACAGCCAGGAAACCCCCACUGAUGGCAGGAGAGAACAAACGGUGCCAGAGCACGGCCAAGAAACCCCAAAUAAUGACAAGAGAGAGCAUGUGCGAGAAACAACAGGUGAUGGCGCGACACUUCCGGUCCAACGGUCGCCGUUUAUUACAACUCGUCGAUCCUCAACUCCUAGAAACAAGCAGGUGCCUUGCUGGGAAGACAGAAAGGAAUCGGUGUCUCCAAAUCCCAACACAUUCGGAGCUGGAAAUUUCUUUGAUUCCGGGACAAAUGUAAGCCAGUCUAGUGGUCUGCCCACGACACCGAAAACAAGGAGCGCUACUUUGUCGUCCACAGUUAACGCAGCUCAGACUGUUGAGCAGACAAUACACCGGACUGGCAAACGCCAAGAGAAGGGCUCCAUCUUUUGUAGUUCGUUACAGUUCAGUCCUGGCGCUAAACCCUCGCCUCCUCCGAAGCCCCCCAAACCGCUGGCUAGUUACCAGACGAGAAAACCUGCAGGGGCACAUUCGGUGUCAAACUUCGCAUUCAAGGCCACUUUCCAGACAGUGACUGGACAAGGUCAUUCACGAGGCAGAUGUGGUCAGCCCGUUACACCCAUCAGAGGACAACAACGUCAAUCACAGGAACAGAACACUAGGGAAGACAUGAGAAAAGAUGAACAGAAAGUAGGAAUGCUUGUAGAGCAGGAAGGAGCAAAUUCUUCAGGUAUGUCUAUCCGGGAUAACUUUCAGUGGCCAAGAGUCCAGCAGCUGGCGUCUGGACAAACGGUCUCAAUAGCACCGAGUAAGAGACGCAGCAGCGGCAGAACGGCAGUUCCCUCUGUUCUGGGACGAUGCAGCAGCAGCAGGCUGGCAGAAGGUUCAUCUUCGGCACGGCGACGGAGCAGUGGGCGAAUAGCAAAGACGCCGGCUGCCACGCCACAAGAAGGGAAGGCUGGGGCAGAGCUUGAAGAGGGAAGCAAAGCCAGCAGGCGCGAGAACGCUUGCGUGGUUCCAGAACUCGUCGUCUACCACUGCUCGCCGGGAGCCAGGCUAGCCGAGACCAGGAGGCGAAGCAACGGCCGACAGGGAGUGACGAAGGUCGGCUCGUUCCGCGAUUCACCUGAAGUCAUGCGUGUGACUUCGCAAACCAAGAGACGCAGCAGCGGGGCACAUGCGACUGAUGUCCGAAGAUCCGGGUCCUUGGCUCGGCGACGAAGCAGCGGGCGUCAAGAUGCAGCGCUCGUAGCGACCUCCAGGGGUGGGACGCCACUCCGGACUGUGAAAAAACGAAGCAGCGGAAGGGUCAGUACUGCGGGAACUCCCUCCGCUGCCAGAAGACGCAGUGGCUUUGCUUGCGGUGGCCUAGGUGCGGGCGUUGGGCUGAAGAGUUUCGGCAUUGCUAACAGCGGACCAGGUGGCGCUGCGAGCAAAGGCAAGAGCAGAGGCAAUCCGCGUCAGUCCCCCACAUUCAUCAGGAUCAUGCGGCGCCUGCACACAGACGAGUUUGAUAACAGCGACGAUGAGGAUAGCAACGACGACACAAAGAGAAGCGGCGAGACGGCGAUCUCUGAUAAUCUGUCUUUGGAAGGCAACGGAAUGGGCAGCAAGUGUCAAGAGGCAAACCUCCCGCUGGACGACGUACAGUUCGCCACAGCUAGCGCCCCCUACAAAACAGGCUGUCCAACCGAUGAAGUACUUCUGGAAACAGACAUUGAUGCGGUGGCUGAUGAAACUGUUUUCAGUAACGAUGGCAGGGUAGAAACCGUCUCAUCAAGGAUGGUGACAAUGGUGUAGAUAACAAAAGUAGGUCGUGUUUUGCUUUGUUUUCUCUCUUGUCAGUUCACAAAAAUUGGCAGUGUGUUGGCUGCAAUUUCCGAUUCUUAAUUUCCUAAUUAGCUGUGGAUUGCUGAUGCUGACGUGUGUGUUUGAAGUGUGGUAAGAGCUUGUUCGUGUGAAAGAGAUUUUGGUUGUCAAUGUGUAAGAUUAAAGUGCAGCCUGAUAAGACACCGACUUGCAAAUAAUUUGUACAUACAGAUUUUUAUAUAGUGCUUGGUAUAGGCAACUGGAAUUAUAAGUUUUCCUGUAGCAAUAUUCGAAUCUUGUGAAUCUCACCUCGUUUCAUCAAAGUGGAUUUUCUUUCUAUUAUUGUAAAUGUGGAUGGUAUAGGUGUGCUUUAUUGAUGAGCAUUUAGCACAGUAUGCAAUGGAAUGAACCACGUGUAGUGUAUAAAUGGUUUUGUCUUUGCUUUGUCAUUAUUCUUCUCUCUUACUGUGCCAUCCCUUGUCUAGCCUCGGAGGUUGCCGCUGGCCAAGUUUACAUGUUCUGAGAAGGGUGUGAUGUACAUAAAUGUAUGAAGAAGUUUGCUUCUUUGUAGUCAGAAAUGUUUGUGUUGGACUACACAAGUUCGUGUACAAUAUAGUCCUCUGUUUCGCUCAAUAUGUCAACUAAAUCAUGGUUAAAAACAAAUUUGUAGAUGUUUGUGUUGGAUUACACAGGUUUAUGUAUAUUUUAUUUCUCUAUUUUACUCAGUGUCAACAAAAUCAUGUUUAACAGAAAUUUGUAGAAGGAAAUAUAAACCUAAUAAACUAUACAAGUUGAAUUUUU